UUCUAUACUUACAGCUGCGAGGAUGGGAAAGCGGAAAGAGGAUAAACGCUUAACUGCUACGAUAUAUUGAUCACUCCGUAUUAUGGUAUUUUUCUUUUUUUUGUCUAAAAUCUACAAUUAAUUAAAAAUUUCUUUUUUGUACUGUAAGGACCUUAAUGGUCUCUAGUGCUGGCAAAAAAAAAAAAAAAAAAAAAAAAAAAAAUCUGUUGUGUUCUUUUAGACAGUUCAAUUCAGAUCUAUCGAACAGUUGUGUACAUCCACCUAGUGACGAUGAUGAUUUUAUUGAUGUUGAAUCUACGAGUACUGUCACUACCAAUACUAUCACAGCACCAUAUAUUAAUGAGAAUGAUUACGAAAAUAGAACAUCAUCUUCUUCAUCUUCAACUAAUACAACAACUUUCGCCUCGCCAGUACGAACGCUCAACACAAAAGUAUCUCCUAUUCUUCAUGAAUUAGAUAAUUCAACUGAUUAUAAAAUCGUUAAAAACGCUAAUAUAUCGAAUAAUUUAGGACAUUAUUUACCAGUAAAUGGCAGAAUAAUAUCAAAACGUUCAAGAUCUGACAGUGACAAUGAAGAAAAUAGUAAAAUAAAUAAACGUGUUAAACAACAAGACGAACAACGUACACGUUCAACUUUUGUCAAACAUGAUUUACGUAACAUUGAAACAUUAAUUGAACCAAAUAAAAAACAUUUGCAAUCUACAUCGUCUGAUCCAUCACCAUCACAACAACAUUUUCUUCCAAAUCAUAAUCAUACACUAGAAUCAAAUUAUUUGUGGUUAUUAUAUGCGAAUACAUUAGCACACGCUCAUUCAUCAUCGACAUCUCACAUGCAUGGCGGAGGUUCUAGAAAUACAUUGAAUAAUAUUUCACUAUUGUCUCCAACUUCAUCAACGAACACUUCGAUGGCCGCAUUACAACGCUAUCUAUUGUUGACGAACAAUUCAACAAUGUCACCAAUGCUAAUGAAUACAUUUCCCUAUCAGCCACAUUUUAUUAAUCAUCUAUAUCAUAAAAUUUCGAAUGAAACAAAUUUACAUUGA